AUGAGGAAACGUAACCUGCCAAAAAAUUGGGUUGUACGAAGUUCAAAGUCACAUCCUGAUAAAAUAUAUUAUUUUAACGUCAAAACAAACCAAUCAUCUUGGGAGAUGCCGACGAAUGAUCGAACAGAACAAGUUGAAAAAAAAUCAGUCCAAUCUUCUAAAAAAUGUAAACAGUCACAUAACAUGAAAUCACAAAAGGAUGACGAUAAUCAAGUACAAUCAACUGCUUCAGAGCAUAUUGUGCCUGAAAAAGAAACCUCACAAAGAAAGAUACUUGUUGCUAAGCGUAAACAAACGCAAAACAAAGUCAAUGAGGAAAAAGAAACGCCACAGAUGAAAGCGAUUCGUGAAAAGAUAUUGAAGAGAAAAGAAGAAACUGCUCUUAAAGUUUCUAAGAAUUAUAAAUUAACUAAGGAUGUUUCAAGUUCUUUAUCUUCAAAGAUUAAUAAAAUUAAUUCAUCGGCGCAGAAAGCUAAUAUUUACACAGAUUCUAGAACAUCCUGUACACCGCAAAUGCAGAUAUUGUUAGAAAAAAUGCAGGAAAAGGUAUCAAAAAGUCCUAUAACAAAAAAAACAGAGGAAGAUAGAAACAAUAAUCAAGAAAAGUCAAUUAAAACACGAUUAAGAAAUCAAACUGUAUCUAAGCAAAAAACUGUUUCUUCGGAUAGCACAAGUCAGAAAGAAGUAAAAAAGAGUCCAAAAGUUGGUUAUGUAAUAAUAGAAAAAAAUUUGGCAGGCAAAAGGAAGAAUAAUGAACAUGAUCCAGAAGAUAUUCUUAGAGUGCAAAGCCGAAAAUCUAUGAAGAAAAAUUUAGCAAAAGAUCGUAUGGAAAAACUGAGAGAAAACCUAAAAACAGUUAGACUGGUGCGUUUGAAGGAGAGACUUGCGAAUAAUAAGAUUUCUACCGAUAAAAAUGUAUGUACUGAUAAACUAGAGGAAACAACAAAAGUAUUGAUAGAUCCAGUAACGACUGUAGAUGAUUUAAUAAAGCGGGCCAAUGAUGAUUCUUUGUAUGAAGAAAUGGAUUGGGAACCAUUGGAAGAUGAAAAAAUCACGUUUGAGGUUCAAGCUGUUAGAACAAGACUUUGUACAGAAAAUAAUGUGAAUACAUCCUGCAACAUACCUAGUUUGAAAUAUCCUUUGAUAGCAGAACAACAAGAAAAAAAGCACGUGUACAUUGUUGUUGAUACAAACGUAUUUUUAUCAAAUAUUGAUGCUGUUGAAUUGGCAAGAGAAACUAUUUUUAAAACUUAUGAUCAUUCAGUAAUUGUAGUACCAUGGACUGUUAUACGUGAACUUGAUUAUAUUAAAGAUGAUAAUGGCAAAUCAAAAUCAAAAUCAUUAUGUUUCAAAGCCAGAAAAGCUAUAAAUUAUAUCAAUAAACUUUUCUCUUCUAAACAAUCACGCGUAAUUGGUCAAACACCAGAAGAUGUUACAAAAAAUAAAGAAAAAUUUUCUGUUGAUUGCCCAGAUGAUGAAAUUCUACAGACUUGUUUACAAAUUCGUGAUUUAGGAAAGUCAGCGGUUUUAUUAUCAUAUGAUGUCAACCUUUGCAAUAAAGCAAUGAUUCAUGAUAUUGUAACGCUUGGAAGAAAUGAUCCCAUUGAAAAAAUCGACUAUCUUAAUGCCACUAAUAUGAAUCAAUCAUUGUCUGUUUCUAAUGAUGGAGAUCAAGAAAGGUUCAGUCAAAGUUCAACAAUUUUAUCUGAGGAAUUACAAUUGUCAAAUGAAAUAUAUGAGGACAUAAAAAGUAUUAUAAGAGACUUUUUAACAGUGGUAGUCAGUAAAGAAAUGUAUGCAUUAUAUGGAGCAUCUUGGGAAAAAUAUGUUAUUCUAAAACCACCUUGGACAACUGUGACUGUUUUACAGUGUGCUGUAAAACAUUGGAUAGCUGCUGUAAGUGAAUCAUUUAGGAGAGAAGCAGAAGUUAUUUUGAAAGAACUCUUGCAGAUAUUUAAAGAUAAAUCUGAUCAAAAAACUUUGAAGGAAGAUAGUUACAUUUUGGAUAAGUGUAAUGAUUUGAUACAAAUGAUUAAUGUAGAUAAACACAGAGCUUUAGUAUUACGAAUUUCUCAAAAAAUUGAUGAGUUAAAAGAUAAAUGUCGUAGAUAUGAAUGUCAAAUAAAUGAUUAUAAAUUAUGCAAUGCAAUCGGAGUUGAAAACAAUAUUGAGGAACAAGAACGUAGGGCACAAAAAGCUUUUCAGUAUUUUGAAGCAGCAUAUAUCUUUGCUCGCGAUAUGGCUGUGUUCUGUUUAUUUAUGUUAUUAAACAGUGGUAUGGCAGCUGAAGCGAUAGGGAUGCCUUGUAGUUUUCAUUACAACAUUCCUAAUCCAAUUCCGACUAUGUGCUUUGUAAAACAAAUACAACCAGAACUAGCAACGAACGUGAAUAAAUUAUUAUGCAAUCUAAGCGCUGUUAUGGAACAAGCCAGAAAUUCUUCUGUAGACUAUCGAACAUUGAUAAAUUUAUAUCAGAUACUAACAGUGUUCUUACCUGAAACUGCAUCAAUGACAUUGAAAUUGAUUGAUAUUGAUAUAGAGCCUCUUGAUGUAUAUUGUUGUGUAAAGCGAAAGGAAGAUGUACUGAAUAGAGGUUUACGCCAGCUCCAGGAACUUAGUACCCAUUUUUGCAGAUUAGCAAGCCAUCAGUGUACAUAGAUAGAUAUGUAUACAUAUAUAUAUCUAAUAUAUAAAUGUAUAUUGACCAAAAUUCUUUUGAACUCAGUUAUAUACAUUUUUCAUAAUGUUGAAUAAUACUUUAGAUGUUACACAUGUAACAUAAUAUCAUUUGUAUGAUGAAUCUUUUUUUUUACAGAAAAUAUUAACAUCUUAAAUAUUUUUAUUAACAGUUCUGUAUAAUACAAGAAGUAACUUUUGGAAAAUGUGA